CGGGCAGACCACAGCGGGCUGACCACACGGGUCACGUCGCUAGUCGAAAACAACGAGCACGACCAAGGCUUGUGUGCGUGUUUCACGUGGACUGGACCUUCUCUCCACCCAGCAUCAGGUGAUGAUGGAGUCCUCUCUAGCUCUCGGCAGAUUGGACCUGACCUCCAGCUCAGCCGCGGUGGGGGUCAGCAUGACCCCACGGCUCCCCGGCGGACCCACCGCCAAAGAGAAGAGUGGUCCGGCUCAUCUCAACGGCCCGGCUCAUCUCAACGGCUGCGUCCCGCUGUCACAUCAGGUGGCUGGCCAUAAGUAUGGAGUAGAUAAAGUGGGCAUUUUGCAGCAUCCAGAUGGAACAGUCCUGAAGCAGCUUCAGCCUCCACCAAGAGGUCCACGAGAGAUGCAGUUUUACAGCAUGGUGUAUGCAGAGGACUGCUGUGAUCCGUGUCUCCUGGAGCUCCAGAACCACCUUCCCAAGUACUACGGACCCUGGUCCUCUCCUGACAGCCCCAGUGACCUGUACCUAAAGCUGGAGGAUGUGACUCGUCGCUUCGUCAAGCCGUGCAUCAUGGACGUGAAGCUGGGCCAGUGCAGCUAUGACCCGUUCGCCUCGCAAGAGAAACGUGAGCAGCAGAUCAGAAAAUAUCCACUGAUGGAGGAGAUCGGCUUCCUGGUCCUCGGCAUGAGGGUAUAUAAAGUGUGCAGUGACACUUUUGACUCCUACGAUCAGCACUAUGGAAGAGCACUGGUUAAGGACACGAUUAAAGAAGGUCUGGCUAAAUUCUUCCAUAAUGAUGUUUGUCUGAGAAAGGAUGCAGUGUCAGCCAGCAUCAACAGGGUGCAGCAAAUCCUCCACUGGUUUGAGUCCCAGCACCAGCUGGCCUUCUAUGCUAGUUCCCUUCUCUUCGUCUAUGAGGGUCUCCCCUCUUCUUCCUCCUCAUCCUCCUAUUCCUUCCUUCUCAGCACCCCAUCCAUCAGCCCGACCGUGGGGAAAACAGCCAUGUUGUCAUCAGCGGUUGACAGCUGUCAGAGGGGAGAGGGGGAAGCAAGACAGGAAGGGGUGGGGCAGGAAGGGGUAGUGGCCGAGUACAACAACAACAACAUUCAAGUGGUGGUGCCCUGGGACUUCAGCCUAGCCACAAUUUAUACCAACCACAGGAAACACGGCCACCACUGUGCCAAGGGUCAUCUCCAAGGCACCAGUGGAGUCGAUGAAGCUGUGGAGACAUCGCUGAGCUCAGUUUCUGGAGAUAACAACUCUGUAUUGUGUCAGGAAGACAACUCCACAUGGAAACGAACAGGUGAGUCAGAGCAACCCCCGAACGGCAACAGAAACAAAUCACAACUGGAAAGAAAGGUUGUAGAAGGAGAUAGGGAGGAGGAGGCAGAGGGGCUGAAAGGACAAGGACACGAGACAACAGAGGAGAGUGGGAGAGACACAGAGGUGGAAGUGAGGAUGAUUGACUUUGCCCACGUUUUCCCAAGCGAGAGCCAUGAUCAUGGCUACAUCUACGGCCUCAAACACCUGCUGACAGUGCUGGAGCAGAUCCUCUGUGAUGCUGCGUAGAGCUCCCACUCCUUCCUAGCCCAGCUGAAGCUCAACAACUGCUCGUAGUCAACCUCUGUCUCCUCCCCGUCAACCCUCCUCCUUUCUUCUCAAAAGGCGGCGGAGAGGGAAGAAUCAAAGAAGUGAAUAUUAAAACUGAACCAUCAUUGUCAUCAUCAUCAUCUCACCUGAUUGUGAUGGUCCAUUGGUCACGUGCGUGUCUGUGUCUGUACGUGUGCCUGUAUGCAGAGGGGAAGUGGCAUAAGGUGACAGCUUCAUUUCUACAUGCUAAAUGCACUAAUCAGUCCAUGAAGGCAUUACAACCCUGUACUUAAACACAACAUCUUCAGCUGCAUGAUUUACUGAUGCCCACACAAGCUCCAUGUAACCUGACUUCAACUUCAGUCCAUUUAGAAUGCAUUUAAAUCUCAAAGUUGAUAACAGUACAUAUGAAACUAGGGGUAGGGAUUAUAACAGAUAUAAUACGAAUUAGGCAAGUAACGGGGAUUUCUCUCCAAAGUUUAUAUCAUAGCAACUGUCCCUUUAAAGUAUUUGGUGUGCUGCACAGGGUUAUGGCAAUAUGGUUUUACAUGUCUUUUACAGCAAUGUGAAUCAAGUACUUGGAUAUCUUUUUUCAGAUGCCAAAUGCAGACAUUCCAGUAACAAUUGAAUUUCUGAGAAAUAUACUAUAUGCUAUCAAUUUUGCAAUAUACAAUAACCUGUACUGUGAUAGCCAUGUUCCUCCAUAUUGCCAUUGCCACUGAUACCUUGCAUGUAUUUUGAUAAAGCAAUCCAGCGCACAAUGGGUCAGUUUUUAAUCAGCCAUUUGAAGCUUAGUAGCUGUAAUAAUUUCAGUGCUUUCUUUAAAUCAAAACUAUGUAACUUCUGCUGAGCAGCGGCAACAAGUAGCUUCUGCAGCCACAAUUGGUUUAUACAGGAUGCAGGUGCAUUCAGAUCUGUUGGGAUCUAAGUCUGAGCAUUAAGGUAACUGGAAGCAGCGUUAUCGAUCGAGCAGCGUCAUGCUGUCCUAAAAACAUCUGAACCAUGUGCUUGUGUUAUCGCUACAAGGAUUAACCUCUGUUGUGAUGUCUCUACUUAGAAUACCAAAACUGCUUUUCUUUUAUUAGCUGAACACCCACAUGUGGUGUGUGUUGUAGGGUGCAGGAAGUUCACCAAGUCAGUCAGCACCAUAACAUGUUUUUUGAGCUGUUGUGUUAAGUGAAAUCGUUUCUUUAAAACAUAGGGUUGUUUCUGACUACUGGCAAAUUAGGAGCGUGAUAAGAACUGGAAAUUAAUACAGCUGAUUUGAUGCAUUCUAAAAACUUCCUGGAUCGGAACCACUCCUUUGGAUUGGCUUCUUAGUCCUCUGCUCUAAAGCUUUUCAUCAGUGGAAGAAGUUUGUUUGAUUGUCAUGGAAAUUAAUCUGUUGACAUGAGCUUAAUGGCUUUUAUUUUUCUGACAAUAGUAGUUAACAGCUGUGGGUUAGGCUGAUCCUCAGUCAUAUGCUGAAAACUGAUCUCUCAUUUCCAGUUUAUUGACAUAAAUUAACCAGAAAGUUAGUGCACUUUAGUUGAUAACUAUUAGACAGUGAAGCCUUUAUAUAUAUAUACAAACUACAUAAACUACAGUAACUGACACGGCACAGUAAAACUUCAGGUUGCUACUACUACCUAACUGGAUUAGGCUCCUUUUGGUUCACAGCUCGCUGCCAAAUCCCUUCAUUCCUAAAUUCAUUCGUCUUCAGGACGUCUUGAGGGUUUGUCCUCACAGACUUACUGUAAGUUUGUGAGCAUUGGGUCAAACAAUAAGUCGGCAGAAUGUUGAUGUUUAAGUCGGGUUGUCAUUUUGUGUUUUUGUUGAAACCACUGUCUACAGGUAUCUAACUCAGGUAAAUUUACUGUAAGAAAACUGUUUAAUAUUACUACUAUUGUCCUUCAAGAUGAUCCUCAUGCUGUCUGGUUGUUCAACUCUACAUGAUUGUUUUAUAUAGUCUUAUCUCAUGAUUGACCUGAUCUCAUCCUCUUAACCGUAAAAUGAACUUACACAGUGUAUUGUCUUUUACCAUGGCUAUUUUAAUUGUUGUACAUGUUCAGCUGCCAAAUCACCUCUUUUAUCAGAAGCCUGUGCUCGUUGCUGUGGACUAGAACUCCGUCUUGGAUUAGCCAUGAGUUACUUUGUGAUUUCCAUUUAUCGUUAUGCAAUGACUUGAUUUAUAUCAAGGCAAAACUUGGAAGCUCCACCCUUCCCAGUGCUUUAUGGGGUUUGACAGAAGCAACAUGUUAUACUGGGUGACAUAUGAUGUGCUGUGAUUGGUUGACAUUACAUUAAUAAUUAUAACUUCCCUAAGGAUUUUUAAGAUUGUAGAAGAACAGUUUUGAGACGUGCUGCUUUAAUGAGAUUCUACUGACCGAGUCGCUGCUUAAAAGGGAAAGACAGCAACUGAAUGGUUUUAUGUUUUU